GCACCGGCAGCGGCAGCGAUCAAACUUGCUCGAAGCGGCAGAGGCUCCUCCUGCUCCUCGUGACGGCGGUGGCAGGGCUCCGAUCCUUGUGGCGAGCAGGGCGGCGACCUUGGACCCUUCCAUCUCCUCCCGCGAGCGCCGCCGGUACCCAUCCCGCUGCCCCAGCCCCCUCGCUCCGUCGCUCGUCUUCCUCCUCGGGCAAGCGCCGCCAUCAGGAUAAAUUUCCACCGCCAAGAGAUCAAAAUGAAGGGAGACCUGUAAAUUGUGUACCAUAUUAGGGUCAGCUUUUCUUUUCGUUUUCUCCAUUUGUUCUGGUAGUAACCAAGCCAGCUGAUGGCAUCGUCGCAAGAACCCAAAUCCUUGUGUGUGAAGCGCAAGCUUGUCAACGACUGCCUGUCAAAAGAGUGCAAAUCUCGCCGAGUCCAAGUUGAAAAUGGACCCUCAUCUGAUCCGUCUGCUAAACAAUGCAAGUGUUGUUGCACCCGCCCUAAUCUUGCUAGUGAUUGUGACAAUUACCUGAAAAGUGGAGUUCCCAGCCGUAUCAUGUUUUACAAACAAGGUUCAUGGCAAAAAUUUCCUGAGGUAAUAAUGAAGUCCCUUGUUCAAGAAUUUAAAGGCCGCAAAUCUAGUGUUGUGUCUGUCAUGGAUGACGAGCCUGUUCUUGUUGAUUUCUUGUCAAUGACCCUGGUCAACCUAAAAACUAGAAAACAGCGAUCUGUGGCAUGGUUCGAUGAUUCUGGAAAGGGAUUUUUCCCUUCUAUGUUCUUUGAUGAGGAAACUGAUGGCGUAUACUCUGGUAAUGUGGAUGGUAUUGAAGAGGGAAUAAUGUUGGGUAAGCCUUCAAAUUCUCAACCGGAGGUAGUGAAGCAAGUAGUAAUUGAAUCUAGCUCCUCGAUUCCACAGAAGCCUUCCACUGCAGAUGUAUUACGUAAGAAGAUCACAUCCGUUGAAAGAGGAAGCAAAGACUUUUUAUUUGUCCGGGACCUUUUCCUCUCGGGUAUGGGUUCAUUUGCAACAGAAAAUAGCAUACUCCAUAUCCACCGCUACUCUCCGAAGGAUAUCAGUGCACUUUGUCGACUUCAAGCUUUUGAAAGGCAAAUGAGCUGCACCAAAGAAGAUCGUGGUGAUUCAAAUGUAAGAUAUGGAUGGCUGGGAUCUAGGAAGAGUGACAUAGUUAGGAUUCUUAUUAAUGGUUUUGGUACAACUGGAAAACCUGCUGAGAAGGCAUGCUUGAGCGCUGGUGUUUAUCUUUCACCAGAAGAUCGAGCCUUUACUAGUGUUGGUCUUUGUGAUGUUGACGAAAAAGGGGUGCAAUAUAUGUUGCUGUCCCGAGUGAUAUUGGGCAACAUGGAAGCUAUCACGCCUGGAUCACAAGAUUAUUUCCCAAGCAGCGAGAUAUAUGAUUCUGGUGUUGAUGAUUGCUCAAACCCAAAGUGCUAUGUUGUGUGGCCAUCUCAUCUUAGCAGUCACAUUCGUUUAGAAUAUCUUGUUAGUUUCAGACUUACCCCGAAAGUUCAAAAUUAUCUACUUGGCUUGAAGGGUUUAUGGUUUCACCCAUCACUGAAGGAAACUGCGAUGGAUAUUUCUACUCUUCAACCGAUAAUGGGCCAAACUGGUGAAGCGCCAACAUCCCCAUGGAUGUCCUUCAGAGUUCUGCUUGCGAUGAUUCAAGACAAUAUAUCAUCUGUAGCAAGAGAAUUGCUCUUCCAUCAUUAUGAACAGCUGAAGGAAAAUAGAAUUACCCGUGAAGAGAUGGUGAAGAAGAUGAUAAUAAUAGUUGGAGAAAAGUUACUUUUGGAAACAUUGAAAAAACUUCAUUACUGUCCAUCACUAUGGAAUAAAUCUUCUAUUGAAGUGAUGUCCAGUGAUCCUGCAAUGCAACCAUCAGUAGAUCUUAGAAGGAGCAUAGAAGAACAUAUAUCCUUGGAUAAACCAACCAGGAGUCGUGCAUUAACUCUUGGUAACCUUGGCAAUUCAAAGGCACCAAAUGCAAUGGCUGAAAGUUCUGCAGCUCUUAGCAGCAAAGUAUGCAAUACUCUUGUAGUAGUUACAGUGCCCAAAAGCUCUGAUUCUCUGCCACCAAAUGGUGUGACUGAAACAUCUACUUCUGCUGGUGCGGUAUCUUGGGCUUCCCCAAGUGUGGAAACCAGAGGUAGUCAUUCUCCUAUGCAAAUCCUGUCACCUGUAAACUCUGCAAACCAUUGUGCCAAGAGACAGGAUCCUUUUUCAGCUAUAAUGGCGCCUAUAGUUCGUGAUGGCCUUUCGAAGACAGCUUCUGGAAACUCUGCAUCACUUGGUGCUGAAGGUUGCAGUUAUGUUGCACCAAGCAUGAGACCUCGUGGUUAUGCUUCGCUAGCACCAACUAAUGCCUCAAAAAGCCGUGGUAUUGAUGCUCCUGGGCUUGGUCUGAAGGGCUCUGAAUCUCUUGGACCAAUUUUGGCACUGGGAAAUCCCAUAUGUAUAGGCAAGAAAGGUACCAGUUCUGUGCCAAGAAUGACUCCUGAAGAACCAGAAUUCCUUAACUUGCAUAUCGCACCACAGAGACCAGUGCUGCCGCCAGGCAAGGGCCAUAGUGAUUUUAUUUCUGGUGCCGCACCUCCAGUCCAUGUGCCAGGAAAUGGAAACUUGCCAGCUUUUAGAACUGAAUGCUGUGAUUCUCUAGCACUGAGUAUUGCACCAAUAAGCCAUGCUCAUCCAUCAUCAAGUAUCAACGAGCCAAAAUGCCGUGGAGCCAAAAUGCAGGAAAGCCAGCACUCUCAGGCACAUAGCUCAGCCACCAAGGGCGAGGGGUCUAGUGCUCCCACACCAAUAACUGUGAAUUGGGAACACCAGGCUGCACAACUUGGACCGCACAAUAAGCCAUCCGGAUCAGUCCUUGAGCGUAACAGCAGUGUCGCUGUAUGUACUGAUAUCGUCCUCGCCUUGCCAACUCCGCGAGAGAUGGGCGAUCAGUAGAGUAACAACCAAUUGCGUUUGAUGACCCGUUGGUUCCUGUCUUGGAUCUGUGUCGCUGUACAUGCAAAUGUUUACUCAUUUCAUGUGCUUAGAUUGCUUGCUGUUGUACAUUCUGUUGCUUUUGUAGAUCAGGUGUAAACCAGUGGGAUGAUCUGCUAGUUCUGCUUACUUAAUCUGUUAGGGUACAUAUCAGUCACCCUGUUGACUCUGAACAUAAAUAAGUUUUACCUGUCAGAUGUUUACCAUUACCCUCCUGUAUUCUCAGUUCAUUGUGUAUUCUCAGUUCGUCUGGACUGGACAUGGUGGUUGGUUAGAGUCUCCUCCUAUUUGACCAGUGGUGGAUAUAGGACA